AUGCUGAAGCAAAUUUGUUAUAAAAAUGGGUGUGAAGAAAUUCCUGAUGGUUUUUGUGAUUGCGAAAAAGAUAGGAUUUAUUUUUGUCUUGGACAUAUGAAUGAACAUUUUAUGAUUGAUUCUGGGCAAAGGCACAAAUUUUAUGAUAUAAAGUAUUCAAAUUAUGAGUCUAGAAUUGAAGAAAUAUUUAAAAUUAAAUCCAGUCUUAAUUUAUUCAAAAGAAAGGCUCUAUAUGAAUGUGCUAAUAUGAUCAAGCAAAUUAAGGAGGAAUCAGAAAGUGUUAUUUUGAAAAUUGAAAAGCUUGAUCUGAAACUAAACUCGGUAUUGAGCGAGUUAUUUUUUAAAAAAAGCACACUGGCCACAUCUCAAAACCCAAUUCUCGAAUCUAAUUGAUCAAAAUUAUACCGUAUCCUGGAUUUCGACGAUAUUAGUAAUUCUAUUGAAAACCAGCCCCAAAUAUCUGAAAAAGUACAGCCUGAUAUAAACCAUGAUUUUGAUAACUAUUCUAGCUCAAUCUGUUUUUUCCAAAAUAAAACAAAAAACUUGGUCACUCUCAAUUUAAAUAAUCUUGAAUUGUCUUCAAAUUCUUUAAAUAUUAGAAAAAACAUUGAUAGGUGUAUAUCUAUGUGCCAGAUACCAAACAAAAUUUUUUGCUAUGGAAAUUUUAUUUGGUGAUACGAUGGUCUUACUUUUAUUAUUGACGAAUUUAAUAAAGUCCAAUUAUUACCGUCAGGCAAGAAAAAUUGUUUUCUAAAAAUAGUUUACUUCAACAGCAAUAUUUAUGCAUUUGGAGGAGAUAAUAAUCUUGCAGAAAAAUUUAAUCUUUGUACUUCAGCAUGAGAGACUUGUGCUUCUCUCCCAAAAGGAAAUUUUCAGCACAGUUAUAGCGUCGAAUAUAAUAAUGAAAUUAUUUUAACAGGAUACUCGCUUGAUAAAUUAUUCAGAUAUAAUAUAGAUAGCAAUGUUUUUACUGAGGCUGCAGGUAUUUUACUGCAAAAAGAAAUAUAUAAAAUGCUGAUUUCUGCUCAGGACAAACUUUAUAUUGUUGAAGCUUCAUCAAAAAUUUAUGAAUGCAAAUCAUUUGAUUUAUCUUCAUGAAAUUGUAUUGGGAUAAACCUAUUGCCAAUUUAUUCUUCUUUUAUCAGUUAUAGUGUAAAUUUCAAAGGCAAAGAGUAUUUUAUCAAUGAAAAAUACGAUCUUUGGGAAUUUGAUUUAAAAUUGCAAACUUUUAAGUAACUCCCCCCCCCUCCGUGAGUGAACAAAACCAUUAGAAAAAUCCCUAUUUUUUGCCCAAAAACCCACCCUCCGUGAGUGAACAAAAAUUUUUUUAAUAGAAAAAAUUUUUAUGGGAAAAAAAUCUUGAUAUAUAAAUGAUAAUUAGUAUAAUGAAAUCUAGAGCUAAUUCUGUUUAAUUUCAAACAAAUUGCUUUUUAAAACAUAAAUUUUAUAAAUUAAAUUAAUAUUUGCUUUCCAAUUUUUGCGAAUUAGAUUUUUUUAAAUUUCGAAAAAAUAUAUUUUUUAUAAAAAUUUAUAUAUAAUUUUUUUAAAAAAAAAAAAAAUUAACCCCCUCCGUGAGUGAACAAAAUUGUUUUGUUCACUGGGGGAGUUAGUAAAAAAAUUAAAUUUUUAG